GGAGAAGCCAAUCAGCCCGCACCUUUCCUGGCUUCCUGUCUCUCUCGUAGGUGCGUCCCUCCCUGCUCACCUGGAAAAAAGUGAAGAGGGCUCAGCCCCCUCCCGGGGAAGCGAGAAAGGAGCAGGCGCCCACGGAGCCACCCCCAAUGGACACGCCGAGGAAGACCGGGGGGACCCGCUUCAGGAAGUUUCACUGAUGGAGUCUGAACAGAUCCAGCAGAGAGAUCCUUUCCCGCGGACAACCCAUAGGAUACACGAAGCCAGCGAUCCUGCCUCAUCCAGAAAGUACCAUGAUGUCACAGAGACUUUCAUCAUGAGUCAAGUUCCUGGAAGUCAGGAGGUGGAAGAGAAGGAAGAUCCGUCUCUUUCCCAUGAUCUAGCACUUCUCUUAGUUAUGAAAGAACAUAUGUGGGACGUAUCUUCUAACCCUGUGGAGAAGGAUACUUCUUCCCAAGAACUGGAAAGAAGGCCAAGAGAUUUAGAGAACUGGGAAGAAUUUUCAGAUGGAAAACAGAAUCUCAACAGAGGACAGCGCAGCUCGAAAGGAAGCAGGGAAUCUUCCUUAAAUUCCUCUGAUGGGGAAUUUGCAAGUUAUUCUUCAACCAGUUCCCAGUCUUUCCUUCUGGAUACAACCAGCCCUGCUCUUUCCUAUCCAAGGAGGGCCAGUGCAGGACAGAUGGAGAGCCAAAUCUGUGAUGCUAGCUUUGGCCAACCUACAAGUUUGUGUGACACACACUCUCAGACACGGCGUGAGGACUCAGCAAUGACAGACACGCUUCCUUGUCAAAAAAACCCAGUCAAUGAAUCUCCUUUGGUGAUUCAUAAUAUUUCAGAUUGCCGCAAAAGCGCCGAUUUUUCCAAUUCCAGACCAGCCGAAGAGCCUUCGUGGAAACUGGAGACACAGCGUGAGGAGAACAGAAGCCCUUGCGAAGGAAUGGAUGUUGCGAUGAGGAUGAAUGAAAUUUCCUCUGAAAGAGAGGAAGCGAGUAAACGAUUGAGCCAUCCUUCCUCAGAAGAGGAAGAGUUGAAUUUAGACAGGGUGCAAAGAAAGGCAGGCAAAGUUUUAUCCCUGGUAUCUUCCAAGGAAGUGGAGGAUCAUUCAGAUAUGUAUGAUGAAAUAGGAGAUUUGGAGGUCCAGGAAGAGGAAGAGAGUAAUGUUGGAGUAAGCAACUCUUCGUUACUCAAGAAAAACGUCCAAACCAAUGAUCAUAUAAGCAAUAUGAAUUGUGAGGAAUCGGAGUCAGGCCAAAAACGGCUAUCAAUCACAAGGAAGUCAGAAUUUGCAGAAUCAGAGGCGCUGGAGUUGGCAGGCAGCGAGGAAGAGGGAGGGAAGGAUUUGAAUGAGAAAGCAGCAAAGAGCAACGCGAAGGCAAAUCUGGAGGAAGUACUGUGGUCACACAAUGACCAAAAACAAGAAGAAUGGACUGUGCAAGCAACAAUAGACUCCGUGCCUAUCAGAUCGGGCCAGGGCCCACUGGAUUCUUUGGGAAGCAGUUUGGCUCUUUCUGGUUUCAACGAUAACAGUUCUGAAGACCUUGCUUUCUCUUUGAAGGAGGUGUCCUCAGCUGAUCACUCUCCAACGUCAAGUUGUGCGUUGUCUGAACCUACGACUACUCCAUUCCCUAGAAUGACCCCUGCAGGUUUUCUGCCAGAUUGUGGAAGCCCAAGAACACAGGCUGCCAUAUAUCACAGUUCUGGACAAGUGGAACACUCCGGCAUCGAUGAAGAAGCAAACGAAAUGUUCUGUUGUGAUCAACAUGGUGCACAACUCACCGUGGGUGUUGGAAAAGAGGAUAUUGGAAAUGAGGACAUUGGAAAAGAGGAAAAUGUAAGGCAUGUGGAUGGCGAACAAGUAACACAAUUGUUUACAGAUGUAGCGUUAGGCAUUGACUCCCAAGAUCUUCAUGGAUCUCAAGCUAUGGGCAGUUCUUCUGACACUGAAGAAAAUCCUGUCCCAUCGUUGAGGACUAUAAUCGCUGCUCUCCUGCAAGAAGAUCCUAUUAAGGGAGCCAUGGAUGAGACUGCCACUUGUGCAGGAGAUGGAUCAGUUUUACAUUUCUCCAGUCAACUGGACACAGCGAUAGUUGACGAAACUUCAGCACCGGACAGUGAUGGAGAGGAUCAUCUUCCCGCUUUUGGUGAGGACUUCCUCGAAGACGCUCAGAGUUCUACUUCCAAAGCCCUCCCAAACUCCUCUCUGGAAGAAGGCCUGUCCAAUAUAGCCAAAGAGAUGAUAAAGUUAAGUCUUUCUUCCUGGGGUUCGGUGCAAGACACUAACGAAAACGAUGUGAAGUCUCAUCGACAACUGAAACCAACAAUUAAGAAUGCUGUGUUGUCCGGGAAGGAAGCAGCAACAGAUAUACAUUGCACAGAACAAGAUAUCUUAACCAGUGAGUCACCAUGUUUUUCAGUUCUUGGAAAAGAGAGAACAGAAUGUGACUGUAAUGCUGACAGCCUCCCAACUUGCAGGACUCUCUUUGCAAUGAACACCGAUGCAGCUCAGCUAACACAACCUUUGGCCCCAGCUCUAGAGGGGGACUCUGAGCAGACUUUGGCCCUCGAUUCUGCUUCGCUUUUAUCCUCCAAGCAGCCUCUCCAGUUUGUAAUCUCCCCACCCACGGCAAAUUUUAACACCCAGCCAACUCCCCGGGCCUUAAUCCUGACCGACUCCUAGAACAACUGUCC